UAAGUACCAUAAUUAUAGCCCAUAAUGCAUUAGUUUUGUAAAUUUCGGCCUGUAAUUCGUCUAGGUAGUGUAUAUAGUACAGUACACCUUAUACUGUACCUGUAAUGACCUCACCAAAUGUUUCCUACGGGUACUCUAGUUUCCUCCUGUACUAACAAUCGACAAAUAAAGUCCAUGGCAAGGUAAUAGUAACAAUAACACGUAACAAAGAACAGACCAAAUACUCGAACGGGAAGUGAGCUGAUAAUAAGUGGUGAGAUGAUAGAUAAAAAAACGUUUACCCAUAUUGUCUAUUAUCAUCAUUAUCAUCAUUGUUAAAGGUCACCCACAUGUUGAACAGGGCCAGGUUGUUGUGGUGAUAAACGCCCACAACAAACAUUUAAAUCACACAAUGGCUCGUAAAUGUGUUCUUAAAUGUCUGAGUAAUCUCCACCCACCGAUCGUAUUGCCACACAAUCAAAGCUACGUUAUUGGACGGUCCAAGGAAACUAAAAUUAAGUCAAAGCGGUGCUCUAAAACUCAAGUUGAGUUGCUGGCAGAUUAUACGUCAUACACUGUGAUUGUGAGGCAGCUUGGACCUAAUGUGACUGGUGUCAAUAAUAAGGGUCUUCUGUUUGGCAAUACAGCCCUUUUAAAACACUCUGAUAUCCUUGAACUGGAAGAUCUAAGAUUGCUGGCUAUGAUAUGGAUGGAACAUUAAUAGUCACAAAAUCAGGAAACGUUUUUGCUAAAGACUAUAAUGAUUGGAAGAUCAUUUACAGUGAAGUCUGGCAAACUAAAAAGUUGCAUCAAGAUGGAUACAAAAUAAUUAUCUUCACUAAUCAAGCAGGCAUUGGUGAGUAAAGAAGGUGCUUGGCAGGAGUACAGAGGAAGAUUAGCAGCAUCAUUGAGAGGUUGGGUGUACCAAUCCAGGCAUUUGUAUCAACAGGAAAGGAAGUACAGAAACCUGCCUUAGGCAUGUGGAAUUUCUUAAAGAAUGAGGCAAAUGGUGGAGUGGAUAUAGAUAUGGAUGAAAGUCUGUAUGUGGGGGAUGCUGCUGGUCGGCCUGCAGAAGGGUCUCGGAAAAAGAAGGAUUUUUCCUUUUCAGAUCGUUUGUUUGCCCUCAACAUUGGGAUACAGUUUUUCACACCUGAAGAACACUUUUUAGGAUGCCAAACUCAGAAGUUUAAUAUGCCUGAGUUUGACCCUCGUGCUUGUGAUGACUCGUUGCCAUUAUUUGAUCCACCUUCCACAAGAGUUCCUAAACAUAAGCUUGAGGUAAUCAUACUGGUUGGGUAUCCUGGAUCUGGGAAAAGCUUUCUCUCAUUAACACAUUUUGCUGGUUUGGGAUAUGUCCAGGCUAACCGAGAUACUGUUGGCAAUUGGCAGAAAUGUGUGGCUAUAAUGGAAAAAUCUUUGCAGGAUGGACACCAUGUGGUAAUUGACAACACCAACCCAGAUGUUGAGGUCCAUAAGAAAUAUAUUGAUGCAGCAAAAAAAUCAAUUCCAGUGAGGUGUUUUGUCUUCAACUUGUCCAAAGACCAUUGCAGACACAACAAUAAGUUUCGGGAAUUUUCAGGAACAGACCACAGCAAAGUUAGUGACAUGAUCUACAACAUGUACAAAUCUAAAUAUGCAGAACCGAGCCUAAGUGAAGGUUUUGAUGAUAUUGUAAAAGUUAACUUUGUUCCAAAGUUCAGGACAUCAGAUGAAGAAAAGUUGUAUAGGAUGUUUUUAUUGGAAAAAUAACUACAUGUAUACUGCAUGAACAGACAGAUGGCUCACUUGCUUUGACAUUUUAUAAGUUGAGCAAAUCUUUCACUUUAAAGAAAAUGGAGUCAGCCUUUUUAUGCACUUAAGAAAAUUUAUGACUUCUUUUAUGGAAGACAUUUUGUUAAAAAAGCAAUAAGCCAUCUUGUAUGCAACCUUUGCAGUAUGUUGUGCCUCUUGACAAUAAUGCACACACGUGUUUUUAAUCCUACAAAGACCAAGUCACCUUAAAUAAAUUACAAAUAUGAAAA